GUAUUUUAAUCACUCGUGGCCUCGCUUGCGGGCGACCUUCGCGACAUGUUUCUCCUUUUUGAAAACUUAGUCUUAGAAUAGGAAACUUGAGUGUCUAAGUAACAAAGCCCGGUUAGCUCUAAGCCUUAAGUAUGGCUGAUAAUUGGGGACUCGCUACUUCGUUGGUAGCAAUACUCUCAGCGAUCGCUGUUGUCAACGCACAAAACUACCCCUUGGUAACCGAUUCAAGAUGUAACUGCUACAGAACCAACACGACGACUGCUCAUUACUUCACUCAUCAUCGCUUCUUCGACUUUAGGGAACAGACUCAACAUGUACGUGUGCCGGCGCCGAUUAAUGAUCCCCAAGGUAGCGCCGAUGCUCCCGUGUCAAAUAAUUACUUCAACGACCCUGCUUGGACGAGUAUGUGGUCGAUCCAGACAUGGAACAAUAGUGCUCUCAUGAACGGAAGCUCAGACGUCACUGGAAGUGAUGCAACUGUAUUGAUGGUGAACUCGGCCAGCAACAUCUACUUCGAUAGGAACUCAGAUCUCCGAGCAUCGUCUAAGACAUACCUAGUAAUGCGAACGAUGCGUCACGAUAACUUCCAGUCAGCCUCAGAGAUUGAGUCCGUGUCCCUAGGAUAUCGGUACUUGUCGAUCCGCAUGUACGCUCGGACGAGGGGUGCACCAGGAGCUGUUACGGCUAUGUUCACUUUCCGCGAAGCGCCACAGCUUGCUCAGGUGCAAGAGGCAGAUCUCGAGGUUAGAACCGUCGAUCCACGAUACUCGAUCCAGUAUACGAACCAGCCGUCGUGGAACGAGGCCGGCGAUAUCCCUCAGGCAACGCGCAAUGUAUCUCUUCCAAGUCGUAUAGACUGGUCUGAUUGGCAAUACCAUCGAAUGGACUGGACUCCAGGCUCUACAACCUGGUUCGUUGACGGGCAACUCAUGUCCUCCAUACAAUUUCAAGCACCCCGCGACGCGAGCCGUAUAAUGUUCAACAGCUGGAGCGACGGCGGAAGUUGGAGUGGCAACAUGACUGUUGGCCAGUCAGCGGAGAUGCAGAUUCAGUGGAUCGAUAUUGUUUACAAUAGCACAGACCCGGUUCCUGGGAACCCAUGGACAAAUCCCGGAGCUGGGGGAUCUUGUGCAAAUACCUGCAGUAUCGACCUAACAUCAAAGACCGGUACCCCUGUGUUGAUAUCUGGACCCCAAGGUGGGCAACCCGGACAACCACCCGCUCCUGGCGGUGGCAACGCGUGUACGUCAGCUAAGUACGGACAAUGUGCCGGCAAGACUUGGAAUGGAUGCACUGCCUGCGCUGCCGGAACAACAUGCAGGUUCCAGAACGAUUACUAUUCGCAGUGCCUAUGAUGGAUAUUUGGUUCUGUUAGCUUUGAUUUUAUCUAAUAUAUCCCUUUCUUAGUUAAUACCGUAGUUACCUGAUACAUACCUAAUCUAUAACCCAUUUUCGUGAGGAAUAGAUUACUGUUACCGUGAGAGAUGCCUACUUGAACUACAAGAUAUAACAUUCAAAUUCAGUGUUACCGAUGCAUUCC